ACAGUACGCAUCGCACGUCAAUAUGAUAAUGUACACACGUAUUGCUACUUAACUUCGUCAUAAAAAAAAAAUGUGGCACCAUUUUCCUAGUAUUCGUGUUUAAUUUCAGGAAGUAUAUUCAUGGGAAUUAACCGGAAUUGACAGCAGUACUUUUCUAUAAUUUUUCAAAGAUUGUUCGGGGUGUUCUUCCUAUUUUGAAAGGUUCAGAAUCAUCAUUCACACUCACACAGUCGAUCGUCCGACCACGACUAGACUACGUUCGCGCAUCCGUGACGUGACCAUCAACCGCCCUGCCUAGCCUGGGCGCGAGCGGCGAAUGGACUGUUGCCGGCUUGUCAGGUACGAAACGGUACACAAUGGAGUCCUCUAACCAUGACUGAGAUAAAAGCCAUCCCCUCUGCCACCAUGUCGUCAUCCUCAUCAGGCCAGACCCAGGCCCUGAACCAAGAAGCCAUCAGUAGUGGUACAAAGGAAGUAAUCAAGGGAUUAGAACAACUCAAAAAUGAACACAAUGACAUCCUGAAUAGCCUGUAUCAGUCCCUCAAGGUAGUCAAGAAGGACCAUGGAGACUCCAAUCUUGUGGAAGAGAAGACAGGAAUUAUUGAGAAGUCACUGGAGAGCUUGGAGCUGGGUCUUGGAGAGGCAAAGGUGAUGAUGGCUCUAGGCCACCACCUGAACAUGGUGGAAGCUGAGAAACAGAAGUUACGAGCCCAGGUCAGACGAUUGGUGCAAGAGAAUGCAUGGCUGAGAGAUGAGCUAGCGGCUACACAGCAGAAACUACAGACUAGUGAACAGAACUUGGCAGAGCUAGAGGAGAAAUAUAAACAUUUGGAGUAUAUGAAUUCCAUCAAGAAGUAUGAUGAGGAUCGGACACCAGAUACUGAAGAAACUGCAGAGCCGUUAGAUUUGGGCUUCCCAGAAGACGACGAAGAUCAACAACAACCAGAAGAUCAAUACCCACAGCAGCAAGCAAGCCCAGGUGCUGCAGCAGCAGCUGCAGGUGGCUAUGAGAUCCCAGCCAGACUGCGCACUCUACAUAACCUAGUCAUCCAGUAUGCAUCACAAGGACGGUAUGAGGUGGCUGUACCACUCUGUAAACAAGCCUUGGAAGAUCUAGAGAAGACAUCAGGACAUGAUCAUCCUGAUGUAGCCACCAUGCUUAACAUAUUGGCACUAGUCUACAGAGAUCAGAAUAAGUACAAGGAGGCUGGCAAUCUAUUACAUGAUGCCCUUGCCAUCAGAGAAAAGACCCUCGGACCAGAUCAUCCUGCUGUUGCAGCUACAUUAAACAACCUGGCUGUUCUCUAUGGCAAGAGAGCCAAGUACAAGGAAGCUGAACCACUCUGUAAGAGAGCUCUGGAAAUCAGAGAAAAGGUGUUGGGAACAGGUCAUCCAGAUGUUGCUAAGCAACUGAAUAAUCUUGCCUUGCUGUGCCAGAAUCAAGGCAAAUAUGAGGAGGUUGAAUGGUACUACAAGCGUGCCCUUGAAAUCUACGAAACCAAACUUGGACCCGAUGACCCCAAUGUGGCCAAGACCAAGAACAACCUAGCCUCUGCCUACCUGAAACAAGGCAAAUACAAGGCUGCGGAAACCCUGUACAAACAGGUUCUGACUAGGGCACAUGAGAGAGAGUUUGGAGGGACUGAUGAUAAGGAUAUCAAGCCGAUAUGGAUGCAAGCCGAAGAGAGACAAGAGAAGGGUAAAUUCAAAGACAAUGCUCCUUACGGUGAAUAUGGUGGAUGGCAUAAAGCAGCCAAAGUUGACAGUAGUAGCCCAACAGUGACAACAACCCUGAAGAACCUUGGAGCCCUCUAUAGACGACAAGGCAAAUAUGAGGCAGCUGAAAUCUUGGAGGAAUGCGCCAUGAGGUCACGAAAGAAUCAGACAAUGGAUGCCGUCAAAGAAUCUCGGGUCCGAGAACUCCUCAAUAAAGACCUGUCCACGGACGUCCCACGUCAUGAAGCAAGCUUACGUUCAGAACGUAAGCAUGAUCACAGACGCAGCAGUAGCGGUCCCGGCUCUAGGAGAGAGAGUUCUGAUAGCGUGUCCUAUGAGAAACAUGACGGGACGGAGGAAGUGAGUAUUGGUGCCAUGUGGAGUGGGCAUGAAACGAGCUAGCUCCAUGUCAGUCCUCACCAGUCGGGCAAAUGAUGAUGCCAGCUCUCCAAUACAACUCAGCCAGCGUGGGCGAGUGGGAAGCCAUGAUAAUCUCUCCAGUCGACGGCAGACAGGUAACUACUGAUGACCAACCAACACUCCUCCAACUUCUGUAAUAUAAACAAACCCUUCCCCGCUAUGUCAUUGUGUCGAUGGUCACCACAUUUCUCCUGUGUAUUUUUCCAAAAAAAGAUGUAAAUGUCAAGUGUUCUAUUUGCAUUGAAGUGUAAAGUGCAGUCUUAUGAAUUGUACAGAAUAGAAAUGAAUCGUCCUGGUGGUAAUGUUCAAUGGAAACAUGGUAUGGUUGCAUUGAGCACUUCAAAGAAUCCAGUUUUAAAUAAACAUCAUGAACAAUAAAAAGCAAACUGCUACCCAGAAUACAUGUAUGUAGGAUGAUGAUGGCUUCACUUUCAUCAAGUUAGCAACAGCGACUCAGAAGAGACAGUCCACUUUUCUUCCAUAUUUGUGUUUUUCUGUUGAAUGCUUUUGUUUUUGUUUUGCCAUUUUGUUUUUGUUUUGUAGAUUUACUAAGUAUUGAAAUAAAAGGAGUAGAGGAACAAGGAGAAGAGCCUCCAGUAAUAUGACAGGUUGAGGGCAUUCAAUUAUAUUUGGCUCCAUGUUGCAAAUAAAGAAGGGAAUAUUCUGGGGUCUUAUUGGGACUAAAAGUCUGGCUUUAAAAAAAACAACUUGCAGCCAAAUAUAGGCUAACUUUUAUAGCCGUUAUUUUUAAGCAUCAUCUGAAAACGAGUAGUUGUCAUAGAUUGAUGCUUAAAUACCUGCUUAAAAAUCUGUGCUUGCCGGAACAAGAAAAAAAAGCUUGUUUGCACACUUACAUACUAAUUUAAAUGCUCGCUGAAAAUUAGUACCGUUUCUAACAUUCAGUAAGUAAACAAAACUGCUUUGUAGCACUGAUCAUGUCUUCUCAGAGACAAGUCAGACAAUGCAGUUGCUGAGAAACAAUUUUAAAAACCUGAUUUUGGCUUUAAGAAAUUACUCAAGUUUUUCACAUACCUUGGGGUUUGCAUGAAUGCAUGGUUGACUCAUAAGUCUUUCAUAUGUGGAAAGGCUUGAUGAGUUUUUUUGGCCAAAGAAUAUUCCCUACUAACACUCUCUUCAACUUUACAUGUGCACAUUAGGGGACAUUAUUCAUGAUUCAUACUUACAUUGUACAUGUAGAAUGUGGUGAUUGACUUAGUUAUGCUUUCUCUUCACGGACAAAUCAAAGUGCAUCUUCACCCAAUUGACUAAUAUUUCGUAAUGCUUUGCUGAAAGACUGUUACAGAAGAAGCUUUCCUUUACAAAUGGUGGCUUGUUGAAAACCAAUCAAACAGCAAUCAGUAACAUGGUACCAUGGCUUCUCCAUGUUCUUUAACGUGUAUUACACAACACACGGGACCUAGGGCUUUACAUCUCAUCCAAAGGAAGAAUCAAUAAUGGUACACUGCCUUGCUCAAGAGCACAAGCACCAUGUUCCAACGGUCAGGAUUCGAACCCAUGUACCACGGCACACAAGUCGAACACUGUAACAUUGGACCACAGCACCCCACAUGUAUGUAUAACAUAUAUAUUUGAAGCUAUACAACUUGUUUCGGCCUAUAAACGUUUUACUCUAAGAAAUGUUCAAAUGAUCUACAUUUGUACCCAUGAAUCAAAACAUCAACCCUCAAUAUUGGGUCAAUAUUGGUCAAGUGACCCAUUGGUGUGUUAAAAGUAUACCAGGGGAAGUGGAAGGAAACUUUGACCUUUUUUGACCUUUUAAACAGCAGGAGGAUUUAAGGAUUAUUUGGGAAGGAGAGUAUAACCAAUGCAACUACAUGUAUAUACUCCACACACGCCAAACUUUCACUGAUCAUCAAUGCACUCGAGAUAUUUAUAAUGAAUAAGUGACAACCAACUCAACGCAUCAAAUGCUCAACCUUCUUCACUUUCAUGCCAACUCCACCCUGACCCCACCAUUAACUUGGGGCAUAUUAUCACCAAAUGAAGGCCAAUAGGCCAUGGAGUCUUUACACUCCAUUUUAAGGCAACCUGUUUGCAAUCUGUCAACCAAACUUGUUUGAUGUCAUCUUGGACUCAUACAUUGUACCAUGUUUUCCAUUGCAUUGCCAUUGAGGUCAUCCUCAACAUCAUGUAUAUAUAGUAAGAAAUCCCAUCCAAAAAAUGGUGUAGUCAUGUGAAUUGUGGGCUUUACAUUUUGGGGCUUUUUAGAGGGAAUCGCAGGGUUUUUCCACGCUUGAAAUACUAAAUGCAUUGCUUCGUUAACGUUUAGCUUGAUAACUGUAAAAGGAAUUGAAAUUACAUGUAUAACUAAGGUUAGUCCAACAAACGUGUGUGUGUAAAUAAUGCCUAAUUGACUUCAAAACUAAACAGACAAAUAAAUAUAUUAUCAUGUUACAAAAUUUAGAAAAGAAUUGAAGAAGGUCUUCAUCUAUUUUAGUUCCACUUUUCUUUUUUCACUGUAUCUUCUUGACAUUAUUUGAGGAAAAGUCAAAAUGCACAGAUUGGGAAAAUGAAAUUUAUUUCAGGAUAAAGUAAUGUAUUAACAGAUUUUCACGUUUGUGUGGAAAGGGAUUUUUGCCAGUUUUGCUGAGAACCAGUGAAGGUACGGUAUAAUACCCAAUGUUUAAAAAGAUGGUUUUGUGGGAAAAUAUGUGAAAAUCCUGAUAUAAAAUUAAAGUUCUUCUUUGACUUAAUCUUUAAAAAAAAAAAGUGAAAAAAGGCUAAGGACAAGUAGCCAUUCAGCACUACAUAAUUUUUGUUUUCUUUGUCAAAUUGUAGUACCAGUAAUUUUGUCGCCGUACAAAUUUCACCAAAGAACAAGCUUAAUGUUUUUUCCCAGAUGAUGUAUUUAUAACCAUGCACCGUAAGAUAAACAAUUUUUGGUUUUUUUGGUUUGUUUUUUUGUUAUUUCUGUCGGUAAUACAAAUAUUUUUCAUUCGGUAGUGGUUUAAAACCAAUUGAUAUUUUGUCAGAAUUAACCAUUAAUUUAAUUAACUUGGAAAUGAACAUCAGAAUUGUUUUUUCUCUGAGAUCUGAGUCUGGUACCUGUAAGCGUGUUAUGCUAAAUCCCAUUCAUUUCAGUGAGAGAGACUGGCACAUCAGUACCCAACUGGUGAAUUCUUGUAUAAUUGUAAUAGUUUAAAAGUAUAUAUAUAAACACUAUAUAGUUAGCUGUAAAUGUGUAAGUAAUGUAUGCUGGAGUUGCGUACAUAAAUUCUGUGCAACCGUUAUUUUUGCAUUUGCAUAUUGGUAGAUUCAAACAGUGAGCACAUUCUUUGAUGAGGAUUUGUUAUGCUAGAGACCUAACUCACUUGGUGUUUGUCAGGUACAUGUAACUGUCUGAAUCUCCAAAAAUCCAACGCUGUACGAAACCGCAAACCAACUGCAUUUUCUAACUGCUUAUACAAAACUACUGACUUCAAGAAGCAUUCAGUUGCUGGAACAUACAUUCCAAAAUCUGUUAAAAUAAAGCAGGGAUGUGUUCCACACUGCAAAUAUUGGCAAUGUUUUCAAGAGUGGAAGGUACUAGUUUUUGGUGCUGGGGAUUGGGGGGUUGUAAGGGUUUGAUUCUUGCUAAAGAAUGCACAAAUUGCAUCAAAAGGAUGUUGACAAUCAUUUCUUACAAACUAUCCUGGUUUAGCUAAGGUUUGGUGGCAAUCUCAUCAAAUCAAGUACAUUCACCUGCAAAGAGUGGCCAAGUUGAAGAAGUCUUGAAAGGGCAUGUAUGUGGAAUGGAUGUGUGGCUUUAUGACCACCUGUCUAUAGUGUGGUACAUGUAAUCUGUUUGUUGUAGCCACCUGUUCAUUCAUCAUUUGACUAGAACAAUAAUUCAUUAGUAAUUUCUCAGAGUGUGGAUUUGACAAAAUGUGAUAUCAACUAACUAAAUAAAAUUUGAUGGUGGCUCUUUACUGCAAUAUAAACGAUUUGGGAUAACAGUGAUUAUUGUUCUUCAAGUUUGUCAUAUGUCUUUAGAAAAUUGAAGCUGUGAAUGACUAAAAUGCAAUUUGUGUUGAUCCAUCAUUGCAAGGUAAUGGUGCAUCCCUAAAAGUGGACAGAAAAUGUGAUGGUUCCUGGAUUUGUCUAUGAACAGAGUAUGUCCAGUUCAGGUUUGGUAGAACUGAAUGCACUAGUGUCUGUGAUCAGAAGUUGACCAACCAUUUCUGGAAUAUUAUAUGAGCUGUCAAUCAAAAUGUUUGUGUCCAAACUGUCCAUGCUUUAUAUAUUGUACAUAAAGCUGUGCCUUUAAUUGUGGAUGAUUUGUAGGUAAUUGAGACUUAGGAUUAAUUAUCAAGGUUUCCUGUUAGGUGUUACAAAAUGAUAAGUGUCCUGUCUCAAUCGUUGGACCAGUUAACUCCUCAUAAACAUCUGGUUGAAACAAGUACAUGUACAUGUUUGAGUGUUGGCUUAUUUAGGACUUGAUGGUACGGAACCUCUUCUGGGAAGACUUGAACUGAAUAACAUCAGUAAUUAAAUUUAAAAUGAACUUUUUAUGUAUUUCAUUAAAAGUCCUUAUAUUACUCAGAUGUUACUCUUCAAUGCUGUCACACAUAUUGCAUGAAAACAGGUUGCUCGUAGAAACCUUUUGAUUUAGUAUUCAAUGCUAGAACAACGUAAAUUGGAAUAUGAAAUGGAACUGUAUUGUAACCUUCAAAUAUCUUCAAAACUUUUCAAAGUGAUAAACUGAGAUAUGUAUUUGCAUAUGUCGGGGUUUAUCCUAAGAAAUGCUGGAGAAAAAUGGCUUGCAAAACAAAUUCCUUUGAAAGGCUUUUUGUUGAUACUGUUCAGUUUUAGAGCGAGCUUAUCAAAAAAACCCAGAAGAACAUCAGCAAUGUUUUUGAGACCAUUUGAAAAAAAACUUAAAAUUCUGCAACCCUCAAAUUCAAUGCUUUUGUAUAUGACUGUGACAGUAUAGCAAUAGAAUUCCGUUCAUUGUGUUGAUUUUUGAACGAACCUUGAGCAAUACUUGUAAGUGUAAUGUCAUUCAUUAUUAUGAUGUUUGACUUUACAGUAGACGUUAAAUGUUUAUUUCAUUGAAUCAAACUACCUGUGUAUUUUUGAGUUAUGGUGUUGGAACUCCCUACCUUAACUCGUGUACCCUACGUGUAUCAAAUGCAAUAUAAUCCUGGUAGAUAACAUCAUAGCUGUUUAGACAGGUGAAGUAGACAUGUCAUUCAGUUGUAGGUUUUACAGUCCUUGUACAAAAUUUGCAUGCUACAUCUGUAGGCAAACCUGCCUAUAGUGGCCACCUUCUUAAAAGGUCACCUAGCCGGAAUUGAUGUUUCCAGCGAUUAAAUAGUGCAAAGUGUGGAUGGUGUAUCCCUACUGUAGUCAUUUAUGUGGCCUCUGUAUGCAGGUUUGACUUUUUUAUUCAGUGUUUUUGAAACAAUAACAAAAGCAACGAUACACCAUUGGUUAAUAACUCUGCAUGUUUUGAUGAAAAGAGUAGACUGCUCAAUUAUAAAAAAUAUAUCUGUGGGGUUGCCACUUUUAAAAACAAGUUCUGCACUUGUAACAUAAACAACAUCAAAUACUGACAAUCCAAGAUUGUGAAGAGUGAGGCCCAGUCAAGAUGAAAAAUUGUUGGAAGGAUGAUAAGACUUGAACAAUGGUGUAUUGUAAGGGUGGAUCCAUUGUGCAGGAGGGACACUAAAAACAUUUGGAGGUAUGUCUAGCCCCCAUCCAGCACAUUGGGUUCACCCUGAGCUAUUUGGUUUAGACUAAAAACUUAAUACCACUUGAGCAAUAAUUUCAUAUUGGCAGGAUUUUUUUUUUAGUGAAAAUGUUCAAAUGAUGUUGCUAUUUUGUUGCAGUUGUCUUAGUUCUGGUUUCUGGACCACACUAUUAAUUUAAGAUUAUUGGCAUGAAUUUGUCACUUUUGUGUCAUAAGAUAUUUUUCAAAUUGAAUCCCAUUUCUGAGUUUAAAAAUGUGUUCGCCUCUGUGCAGUAAAAAAAAAAGUCUUCUUUUUUAAACUGAACCAACAAAAAGAUUUUAAAAUGCUCAUAAAUAUGUUGCAUGAUUGCUAAACUGUUUUAAGUUCUUAUAAUGAAUUAAGAAACAAUAUUGAAAUAAGUAAUACGAAACUCAACAUCGCAUUUUGUUAUUGCACGUUAUGAGUGUUACAUAACAGGUAAUAAACUUCAAUGAUUUUGUUCUUUGACUUGGACAGACUACAUUUGAACACUGUUUCUCUGGUACUUAAUGGAUUGCAAUAUUGGUGACGAAACGAGUGACGUAAAGAUGUAAACUCAAACAUGUACAUGUACUUGAGGUACUUAAGUGGGCAUAUGCUUGGUUUGGAUGUGCUUAAAGGGGCUGAGCCUUUAAAAUUCCCAAAACAACACAUUCCGAGGUACCAAAUCGGUAUAGUAAUGGUAGUGCUCAAAAUGUAGUUUUAACUAGCGCUAAGUGUAUAAUCAAUUUGUACCGUGUCACUAUUGGAAAAAAAAUAUGGCAUGGGAUAUUGCUAAUAAUGCUUAACAAUUGAAGUAAAUAUGCACUUAGAAAAACAUGUAGAAGUUAGCAUUAGUGUGAAAAAGAGACAAAUUGGAUAAAUAUCUUAAUAUCAGAAAUCAGAUUUAUAUCUUUAGACAUAACAUCCCCUGGCAUACCAAAAUGUCACGAGGUUUUAUUUGAAAGUAAAAACCAAAAUGAACAGGAAUGUCCACUUGACAUAGUAUUCAUGAUUGUAUUUACAGCAUUAUUAAGUUCCAUCCACAAAGACUACUGUAUAUCGUCUUAUUAAUGAGUUACUUCAAACUAACCAGUUAUUUUAGAAAGAUCUUUGGAGAAGACAAUGUUUUUCUGUUCAGGCAGAUGCUAACAAGUCAAUGUAAUUGACUCUGUAUAAAUUAGUGAUGUAGAUUCCAAGCCCAAUUGAAGCUAAGAUGUGAACUUUACUAUUGCAUAGUCACUUAAUAUUAAAGAAGCGUUAAUUAUCAAAUGCAGAGUAAAUAUUGUAGUUGGAAAAGUCCAUAAAAUGCUGCUGCUUUAAGUAAUGGACGCUCAGAUAAUGGAAUUCAUCAAUUUACAAUUUCAUGGGUCUAGAAGUUGAUGGAAAAGCUUAAGACCAAAGAUGUAAUGGUUGGGAGUUGUCUUUAUCAGUGGGCAGUGUGACAGUGUUAUUAUUUCAAUGUGGAAUUAAAAUAAACGUGUACAUGUAUAAGGGG